AUGUCUGCAGAGCCAACCACCCCCAACCCCUCCGGCCUCGCCGCCAAGGUCGACAAGAAGCGCAAGCGCCAGGCCGAGGACUCUUCCUCGAAGGAGAACAAGGCGGAGUCUGCGCCCACUGAGAAAGCCGAUGGACCGAGCAAGAAGAAGCCUAAGAAUGACAAGAAGAAGGGCAAAGGAAAGGGCAAGAAAGACAACAAGUCCAAGAGCGAUGACCAAGAGACCGACAAGCCCAAGCCCAAGCCUAACCCCAAUUCGAAGGAAACCGAGGUGAAGGGCAGCGUGGACGAGGCCAUUGGCAAAAUGGAUGGCCGGCUACUGGCGGACCAUUUCAUUCAGAAGGCCAAGAGACAUAAUAAGGAGCUUACGGCGGUGGAGUUGAGCGAUCUGAGUGUUCCGGAUACCGCAUUCCUGGAUACGUCUUCGUUUGGCGGAGCUCGAGAGCUCAGUCAAUUACCCGCCUUUAUCAAGGCAUUCAACCCGACCAAGGGCUCGGAUCCGUCCAAAGCAUCGGAGGAGAAGGGCACGCCGCACACCCUGGUGAUUUCGUCAGCGGCACUUCGAGCUGCUGAUGUAGUGAGAGCUCUUCGCACAUUCCAAACCAAAGAAUCGCCCAUUGGCAAGCUCUUCGCCAAACACAUCAAGCUUGAAGAAGCCAAGCAGUUUCUUCAGCGUGCUCGAGUGGCCAUCGGCGCCGGUACCCCAGCCCGUAUAUCCGACCUAAUCGAUUCCGGUACCACCCCCCUCAACCCUUACUCUCUCAGUAUCAACCCAACUAACCAAGCAAAAGGAUCUUUGAAACUCGACGAGCUCAAAACCAUCAUCAUCGACGGAUCCUACGUGGACCAAAAACAGCGCGGUAUCUUCGACAUGAAGGAGACCCAUCUGCCUCUGCUGCAAUUACUCACGAAACCUGAGCUGCGGGAACGGUACGGUGCCAAGCAGAAGGGGAUCCAGCUGCUGGUGUUCUGA